AUGGAACGAUCGAUGAGAAGUAGCUUGACCAAGAAAUCCAUCCGUUGGGUCCCCGAUUUGGAUGUACCAGUCUCUGAAUGUCGCCCUUCAUUCACGGACAAAUCAGUGUGGCGCUCUAGCGAGGAACAGUAUCCGACAACUAGUCAUAGUGUCCGUUUGCAUCCGGGGCAAAUCAGUCAGUUCGCAUCCAAUGCAACCAAUCACACAUGGUCUUCCGGGUCAUCCAGUUCGUUGGAAGUACUGGAUGCAAAACCGCCCUUGGUUUCCGAAAGCGAGUCCAGUGACAGCAGUGGUCCACGAACUGAAUUAACAUACGGACCGAGUGAUGCAGAGCGUGCGGGAAUACGCUGUGGUUCACGGAGGAAGGCUAUGUGGCAUCGUCAUUUUCAUAUCAGAAGCGGAAGAGAUCCCAGAAGGUAG